CACCAUCACGCGUUCAUCAUUCUCUUCUCCAAUUCAAAACAGACGUCUCAUAUUCUCCCAAACACACAUUAAACCGUGUCCACCUGAAGGAACUCGGAAGAUGGAAUGAAAUGAAAUCAUGGCAAUCCAAGAAGAUGAAGAAACAACCCGAAUCGUUUCUCAUUCCCAAACUUUGAAACAGUGGGAACAAAUCUAUUCCCCUCUUUCCCUUCAUUCUUCUUCUCCUUCCUCAAUUCCAUCAUCAUUAGUCGAUAAAUCUCAACAACAAAUCAACAAUCACUAUAAAGAAGAUGAUUUUCACAUUUUUCCACCCAGUAAACAUGAGAACCUCCACAUUUCUUCAUUUGAACAACAGCAGCAGCAGAUACAAUUGAGAGAUUAUCAAGUGGUUGACAAUGAUGAUGAACAAGAACAAAAAGGGCCAUCUUCACAGUCACAACAGCAAUCUAAUUCAUCACCCCCACAAAUUUUUUAUUCUGAAUUAACGAAGGAAGUUCUGAUGAAAAGAUUGGAUUUAGGGUUUUGUGUUUUAUGGUCGAAAUUUAUAAGAAUUGGAUCAUGGGUUCGUGGUAGAAGAACAUUUGGGUCAUUUUUCAAAACUGCAACUGGUGGUUUUGCAGCUGGGUUUUUGGUGGCUUUAUUGUACAUGAGUUGGCUGAGGCGGCGACGUGGAAGAGCUCAGCUGGAGAACAAGGACCGGUUGAUCUUUCUUGUUGAACAGGCGGAUAAGAAACUUAGUCAGCUGUUGGACCAAAUUGUCCUUAUGAAUCAGUUCUUAUCUUCGCGCAACAAAGUUCCUGUGUCGAGAAGUGUCUGAUUGACACCGCCUGAUUCACACAAGCAGAAAGCAGUAUUCGACGCGGGAAAGUCUCAUAAGGACUUAUUACUUCUCCUCACUGUUGUGAUUAAGUUAGUUGUGUUAGAAGGCCACUGCCCCAAAUUUGUCACUGCAGCCUUCAUUGUUUCUUAGCUAUCAAGAGUAAUAUGUGAAUAUGAUUCUCAUACCGCUUACAUUACUGCAGCUAAUUCUUUUAUAAUCACCCUUUGUCGUUGUUUAUAUUUCUCGAGCACAGAAAAAUAUUGGAUUUAUCGAUCACAUUGACAUUGCAGUCGUUGCCUGCAUUUGAUA